AUGUUUGCUUACCAAGCUGAGAACGCUGAUUCAGUUGUUCUUGUAUACGACACAGCCAAGUCCAACCAAGGUGGUCUUGCAUUACGCGCUUAUAGAUUGAGCAAUAGCUACUUGAAUGCUAAGAAAGACGGAAAGUUCACUACCGAAAACUUGGUCAAGAACGAGCUUUCUUACUCCAAUAUCUUCCAGGAGUUACCUAUCGAUGUCAAGAACUCUCACUUGGUGACUCUGUACUUACACAGCGCCAAAGAGGCCACUGAAAAUGUUAAGGAUUACGACGACUUGGCUAUUUCGGUCGACCAGUUCUUGGAGCAAAACAUUGAGGGAAUCUUUGACUCUGUCGACGAGUUCCACUACGACCAAGGAAACUAUAACUACUACCAGAGACAGCUGACUCGUGAGAAGCUCAAGAUCCAACAAUGGCAACAAAAGCGAAAGGCCGAGAAUACUGCUCUCGAGCAACAAGGCAAGCCUUUGCUCUCUACCGACGACUAUAAGACUUUAUUCAGAUUACCCGAGGAGCCAUCGCGUUUGGAUAACCUGCUCAUCUCGGCCCAAAUCAACCAAUACUGCACCCAGAUCGAAGAGUUCGGUGCCACCGUCGUGCCCAAGCUCUUUGCUACCCAAAAAGUUCUCGAGGGUUGA